UGUAGAAGUUUUGCUUGUGAAUCCAUACUCUCAGCACCGUUAAAUGUUAAAACGUUUCAUCAUCAGUUUGGAAUAGGCAACCUUUGAAGGGGAACUUGAUGUAAUUCAACCAGAGGGAAAGAACCACCAUAACUUUGACUCUCCGUAAAGUGAGAGGAAGCGGUAGCUUCCUGCUACUCUUCCCUGCCAGAUAGGAAAAGAAAGAGGCUGUAGAGAUUCAUCAACAACGGACGCGUUGAACACGUGAAGAGAGAUGUCUAAGGAAGAAACAGCCACGUCGACUUCGACGAUGAAGACGGCGUUGAGUGAAAACAUGCUGUUUGGGAUGGGAAAUCCCUUGUUGGACAUCUCAGCUGUGGUGGACAAAGAUUUCCUUGACAAGUUUGGACUGAAACCAAAUGACCAGAUCUUGGCUGAAGACAAACACAAAGCCUUGUUUGAAGAAAUUGUCAAGAGAAACAAAGUUGAAUACCACGCUGGUGGCUCUACCCAGAACUCAGUGAAAAUCGCUCAGUGGAUGCUCCAGAAACCGCAUAAGGUGGCUACCUUCUUUGGGUGCAUCGGGAAGGACGACUUCGGCAAGAUCCUGAAGAAGAAGGCGGAGGAAGCUCAUGUCGAUGCCCAUUACUAUGAGCAGACCGAGGAGCCGACUGGUACCUGUGCGGCUUGCAUCACCGGAGACAAUAGGUCCCUUGUUGCUAACCUGGCAGCGGCAAACUGCUACAAAAAGGAAAAACACCUGGACUUGGACAGCAACUGGGAGCUGGUGGAGAAAGCCAAGGUCUAUUAUAUUGCGGAAGCGGCCACGUUUGCCAAAGAGCUGGGCUUUGAGACGGAUGACAUUGCAGUGAUCGCGCACAAGACCCAAAACCUCCCCAAGGAGAACGCAAAGAGGCAGCGAUUGGUGGUCUUCACCCAGGGCAAGGACGACACCGUUGCGACUGUUGGUGAUGAAGUGACCAUGUUUCCCGUUUUGGACAUCGACCAGAAUGACAUUGUGGACACCAACGGAGCAGGAGACGCCUUUGUUGGAGGAUUCCUGUUUGCACUUGUCCAAGAGCAGUCAUUGGAGGAGUGCAUCCGGGCCGGACACUAUGCAGCCAACGUCAUCAUCAGACGGGUCGGAUGCACCUUCCCAGAGAAACCGGAUUUUCACUGAUUAAUCCGAUCUGUCAUUCCCACAAGAUGCUUACUGUACCGAUUUAUACUCUUCAGGGUUUUAUGUGCAUUUUUCUAUUUCCUCUGACUGACGUUUGGAAAACAACUGCUGCGGCUUGAUGGAUUUAUCCAGCCAUGAUAAGCAACGGAGAUAUUAUAAUGCWAUUCAAACAAUGUGCUAGCAUCGGACAUUGGAAAAUGUUCAUAGGAAAAGCCGCAUUCCAGCAGAAGCUGCCACUUGAGAAUCGACAACUGAAUACCUGAAUAGCUGAUAAGUUUGAAUCAGUAAUGUAGACACUGUCUUUAUCCAUUGUCCAUAAUCUUCAAUGAAUAGUUUGAAGGUAUAUCAUAAUAUAAUUUAAAUAUAUAGAAGAAAUUGAUCAAUGUCUGAGAAAUGCGUCACGGUGUGGGGACAUCUCAAGUGUUUCUCAGCAGUUAUUCUAAAAGUGUGGUUUCUUGCUUCCUUAUCUGAGAGUUACAGCUAACUUGUGACCACAAAAUGCAAAUGAACAAAUAGCACUACAAUCYACUCCUCAACUGUUGCUCUGUAGKUUUAUKAACAGUUAUCAAUUUGCCAGUAGGCUGUUGGUGGCACUUCUGUCUUUGAGUUUUUGACUCAUGAGGAGGUAAUAGUAAUGCAGAAGAGGUAUGUUUACAGCCCUAACCGUAAUUAUUGGCCCUCCUGGUGAAAAGUUGUAAAAACCGUCAUAAUAAAUGUAUUGCAGCAGCAUAAUGUCA